CUGGCUUUAAUACUGAGAUACAGUUGUACUGACCAGCCCUGGAUGUUUUUACACUGAAAUUUGUCUCAAAAUCCUAAAGACACACACACACACAGCAUGGAGAACAAGGGACAGCCAGAUCUCUUGGACACUCAGCCUCUUCAGGAAACAGAUGAGGAACUGGCCACAGACAUUGAUUAUUCAGAAACUUUAUCCGAAGAAGAGAAAGAAGAACUGAAGAGUGAAUUGGUUAAGUUGGAGAAUGAAAUUGUUACUCUACGGCAAGUUUUAGCAGCCAAAGAGAAGCAUCUUGUGGAAAUAAAGCAAAAGCUUGGAGUCAGCGUGAUGAAUGAGUUGAAGCAAAACUUCAGUCGCAGCUGGCAUGAUGUACAAACCCACUCAGCGUAUAAGAAAACCCAGGAAACACUAAGCCAAGCUGGACUAAAAGCAACAGCCGCUAUAACUAAUGUGGGAAGUGCAAUUGGGAAGAAGCUGGGUGAUAUGAGGAAUUCCCCAACAUUCAAGUCAUUUGAAGAGCGAGUUGAGAAUACAGUAACUUCACUGAAAGCAAAGGUUGGAACAGCAAAUCAAACUCAGGGAAGCUUUGAAGAGGUCCUGAGUUCUACAGCUCAUGCAAGCGCACACAGUUCAUUGGCUGGGACCCUACUGCCCGAAGCUGAAGAAGAUCUACAGUGAUAAGCAAUAUUGUUACAAUAGAUGCUCCAUGUAGGCCUAUCCAGUUUGUUAAAGUUCUAAAAUCAAAUUUAUUUAAAUCCCUUUGAAAACCAGUUGAUUACAAACAGGAUGAAUCAAUUGCUCUGUAAGUUGUUUUUAUAGGACUUUUAAGGGGGGGGGAUAAAACUAAGUUUAAGGACAUGAUGUGGAGACGUGAAACAUUGCACAUUAAAUAUUACAUUUUGAUAUACUGUAUGGCAGGUCAAAAUAGUGUAAAUAAGUGCAGACAAAUAUUAGCUUUGUAUUAGAUGGAGGAAAACCUUGGGACUUUUCAAAGCAUAAUCACACACUAGAAUUUCUAUGGGCAACCUACAAGAUAUUCAUUUUGUUGCUUUGCUAAUAGUCUCCAAAAAAUAGUAUAUUUUGAUAUACAGUAAGAGAUUAUAUAGUGCAGUUGUAAACCUGCAUAAAUGAUUUAGGACCUGUUUUCCAAAAUGCUUGGGGAACCCUAUACAUUCAUUAUCAUACAUAUAAUUUAGACAUGUAGUCUAAAGCUCUGCCAGUUUAUUUAGUAUUUUUGGUUUACAAAUUCAAGGACCUGACAUUUGGCUACCCAAUUGUUGAAAGUGAUUUUUGCUGUGUAUUUUUUUAAACUACACAGUUAAUUUUCUACAUAAUGACCUAGUCUCAGAUCCAGGCUUCUAUCCUCUGAUCCUAAAGUGUGAUGGGAGUAUCUAGGGGACACUGAUACUGCCUGUUAAAUGAUCUUCUACAGAGAAAAUCGUUCUGGGAGGAGAACCAGGAAUCUAUAUCUGAUAAAUAUAUUAUAAUUGCAUGUCCAUUACUCUUAAAUACUAAAAAACAUAUUUAUACAGGACCAUGAAUGCAAAUAUUAAGAGGUUAAAGCAAAAUAUAUUUUUUAUAGAACUUUUCUUCAACUCACAAAAAUGUAGCUAUCAUGUGUGCCCUAUAUAUCCUGGAACACAAUAAGAUUGUGACUUUUCCAGUGUCUUUUCAAGUCUCUGGCUCGAUAUAAAGCAUUACAGGGAGCAUACUAAAUCUCUAAGUCAACACUUCCUAUGUAUACUUAUUCUACUUUUGGUAUUUUCACCAUAUUCUCUAUAAAAGACUUUUAAGGUGUGGCAAUCCUGGAUAGACUACAGAUUUGGAGGCACCUUACUGUACCUCCUCACCUAUUAUCUGUGUAAUUCCUGCAAGAAUAGAGUCAGAGUAGAGUCAGCUUUUCUUAUUGUAUUGUUACUUUUACUUGAUUAGUAUAUUAUGUUCUGUUUAUUCUUAUUCUCCUACAAGUUCCUUCAUUGUCAGAACUGAAAUAGUAUCAGUAAUUGGGUAGUCUCUAGGACCUCCCAAUGCAAUAAUGGCACAAUGACACAAAAUCAUGGUUCUGUUUAAUAAGUUACUUAUGAUGUAUGAUUCUGUCUGUUUAUACUUAUAAAACAAAAAAUCUAUGGACACAGCUUCAGCACACAAAGUAUCGUAAAUAUUGUAAAUGCAAUCUGACCACUUAUGUACGUCUAAGAUGAAGGGUCUGCGAUACUGACUUUUAAGUCAAAGAUCCCUUUCUGGAUAAUGGGUUUCCGGAUAAUGGAUCCCAUACCUGUACUACUCUUCUGGUGUCAACUUCAGGCUUCAAGUUUGUUCUGAUUUUUGUAGAUUGUGUGUAUUUUUUUUUUUUUUUGCACUCCAAUCUAGGUGUCCAAGUGCUGGAUUUCUGUCCUGCUCUGGUUUCAUCAUAAUGUAUGUGCAUGCUUAAGUACAUAUCUUAGGGCCAGGUCUCUCCUCUCUCUUUUCUGGCAGCAUCUCUUGUCAGUUUAUACAGCAUCCAGGCUGCUCUUGUUCUCUUCAAAUGAUAUCCACAAUCCUUUUAUAAAUGGUAAUCUACCACAAUUUUCCUUUGUAUUUGCGUAAACUGAAAUUUUAAGGGAUUUUAAUUAAAAUAAUAAUCAAUAUUCCUCUUGGCAUAUCUAGAAAACUGCUCCUAUACUGUAAACAGAACUUGCCCCUUUAAUAGUCAAAUCCCUCUCCUUAUGACACUCUAGCAAAUGGGAACAAUGCAUUGCUUUUACCCUGUAAAUUUUCCCACAGUCAUUUGGGGUACAACCCCAUUCAUCAAAGGGUGCUCUUUGUAAUGCUUUUGUAAAACAUCAAUGUAUUCUGCAGCAUUGAUCAUUCCUUUCCACCUCCUGUACCAAAUUAAGUACUUAUAGACGCAUGGUAAUCAUGGAGUUAUUGCCACCUGCAAACCAAGCGGUAGUUCCAGGGUACCCAGUGUGUGCAGCACAGUUGUGCCUAAAGUAUAGGGGAUGCACAUGUAAUUUGCAUGCCGAAUGCCAAAAAUGAAGCUAACCAGAUUUUUCGGGGAUUAUUUAUCAAAGGUCGAAUGUUAGAGUUUUUUAGACCUCAAAUGAACUAAAAUGAACUCACAACUCGAAUGGUUGAAAUAAGAGAAAAUUUGAAUGAAAAAAACCUCGUAUCAGGAUCAGGGUAUAAUACAUCUGAAAAACCUCGAGUUUAAAAAAAAAAAUGGAUUUUUGAUUCAAAAAUAACCUUGAAAACUCGAAUUUUUAGUGGAAAACACAACAUAACUUUAACUUAACUCGAACCUUAAUAAAUCUUAAGGGGGUUAUUUACUAAAAUACGGAUUUAUCUCAAAUUUUAAAAAAAAACCCACGACCAAACUCUCAUGCCAGAUUUUAGCUUAUUUAUUAAUCAAAAACUCAACUUAAUCAGAUCACGGACAAACUCGACAAAAUUGAGCGAAAACCCGGAUUGCUCAAAUUUUUUGGGCUUUUUUCCAAAAUUGCUUGAGUUUUUGCCUGAAAACUCAGAAAAAGUCGGAUUUUCAGACUAAACCUAGCACAGAUGGCUAUGGCGGAUUUUCGGAUUUGGGCUUCUUCAAAACAUUCUUAGCAAAGAUUAAUUUUUAGUUCCAUAUUAAAGUGUUGAAAUACACAUUCAGUUCUUAUGCUUACUGUAACAAUUUGAGGUUUUUUUUCCAGGAUAGCUUUCUUCUAAAUGUAGAUCAGGUCUUACAUAGAAUCAUAUUAAUCCAAGUUUGAAACUUGAGUUCUCAACUGUUCCCCAGGAAUGUUACUGCUGUCUUUUCCUUUAGAGGCUUAAGGGACUUGUUCCCCAAGGCUGCAUUUACACAAGGUCUGCAUGUAAUGUGUGCAUGCCAUCAUCGUUAUUCAUUUAUAUAGUGGUAGCAAGUUACACAGCACUUUACAUUUAUUUAUAACAAACAAGGGUUGAAUAAUAAAGAUAGGAUCAGAGGGGCCCUGUUCACAAAAGCUUGCUUGUGCCAAAAUAGUAUAUCUUGUCUGAAUAUCAGAUUGUUAUCAGAGAUACAAACUGUUGCAUAUAAAUUGCAUUUGAAUAGAAUACUAUAAAUGGAAAUUGUUACAUAUUUCUUUAAAAUGUGUUUGUGACUAAAGAGCUACUUGAACCCUUGUUUUUUCUGCUUAAUCUGACUGUGAUAUUGUGUAUGCUUUUGUUAGUGCCUACAAUGUGAACUGAAAAAAGCAAAGUAAAGAGAAAGUAUCCUAAUAGUAGAUCAACCGUUUUCUGUAUAUGAAAUUAAUAUUCUCAUUAAAAUGACCCGGUUUGGAAAAAAAAA